AUGGGGAAGACAGACAGGCGCGCCAAGCUGGCCGAGCUGAAGGCUCUCCGGCAGGCGGGCAAGAAGGCUUUCGAUAACUACCAAGUCGACGAUAUCAACGAACUUUACGAAGAGGUCGAUGAAACGCAGUACAAGAAAAUCGUACGUGAUCGUCUCAACGAAGAUGACUUUGUCGUAGACGACAACGGCGAGGGCUAUGCCGACGACGGCCGCGAAGAAUGGGAUCGUGUGCAGCAGUACCACUACGCUUCUGACAGCGAGGAAGAUGGGUCCGGCGCCAGGGGAAGGCCAACAAAAGCUUCCAAGAAGAAACAAGCCGACGACGCAGCCAGGCGGGAGGCGAAUGAUCGAGACAUCAGUACAUACUUCACCAGUGGUGCCGGCAAGACGCAAGCGAAACCAAAGGAAGACGACGACUUCCUCGCAGAUCUCCUCGGUGAGGUCGACACCAAUGUUCCCGCUCCAGUGCCCCGUUCCACGAAACGUCACCGAUCACCCGAUCGCCAACAACGGAGAGUUCGAGUCGCUUCUCCCCCGUCACAUGAGCGGUCCCAACCGUUGGCGAAACGAAGUAAGAUUCGGGAUGAUCGACCAUCGUCUCCUCCUGCUGCGGACGAUAUACUCGUGGACGACAAUUCUGUUCCCACCAUGGACGACGACGAACUGCCGACCCAAUUCCCCAUGAGCGACCCUGCACCCUCCUCGCCGGCAGCCAAAGUCGCAGAGCGCAAGGCUCAGAUUAAGAAAGAGCCCGACGAUGACGAUGACGACAUGAUGGAGGUCGCUCAUGCCGGCACCGUUACUGCUGCCAGUGUCAAUAUUGCCGGGUCCAGACCACCCAAGAAGUUGAUCAAGCCCGAGCCCUACCCAGCACCCAUCACGUCAUCACCUGUCAAGCAAGAAUCAGCUAUUGACCCAUCCGCGUGGAACGACAUUACAAAUAACCUCAAUAUCGUCAGUAACUCGGUCUCGGAAGUCAAGAGCAUCCGCAAGAUCGACUACAAGGACGCCAUCGAAGAAGAUGGUAGCCUGAACAUGUUUUGGACAGACUACACCGAAGUCAGUGGCAGCUUGUGUCUCUUCGGCAAAGUCCUGAACAAGAAGACUGGCCAGCAUGUCAGCUGUUUCGUCAAAAUCGACAACAUUUUGCGCAAGCUCUUCUUCCUACCCCGCGAGACUCGCGUGCAGGGUGGUAUCGAUACGUGCGACGAGGUUGGCAUGGUGGACGUGUACAGUGAAGUGGACGCCCUCAUGACCAAGAUGAAAAUUGGCAAGUACAAGACCAAGUCAUUGCAACCGAAACUCGAAGGCGUGGAUUACAGCGUUCUGCUCAACCGGAUUCACGAGAAGAAGACACCGCAGUGGUCUCGUCUCGGUCGCCUGCGACGAACUGUAUGGCCUUCUUCCAUUGGAAAGACUGGUGGAAACGUUUUCGCCGAGAGGCAAGUCAUGUCAGGACGCCUUCUUUGCGACUUGGCCAACGAUGCCGGCAAAUCUGCCAUGUACAAGUGUCAGUCGUGGAGCUUGACGGAAAUGUGCAGUCUGUAUCUCUCGGGAAACAACCAUCGCCGAGAGCUCGACAAUGAUGCCGCGCUCAAGACCUGGGCUUCCCACUCGAAGGAAGGAUUUAUGGACUACGUCACCCAUAUCGAGGCGGACACGUACUUCAUUGCGGCCCUGGCCUUACAAGUUCAGCUGCUGCCGCUGACCAAGGUCCUCACGAACUUGGCUGGUAACUCCUGGGCCAGGACACUGACCGGAACUCGUGCUGAGCGAAACGAAUACAUUUUGCUCCAUGAAUUUCAUCGAAACAAGUAUAUUUGCCCCGACAAACAAGGCUUCCAGAGGGGCAAGGGCGCCAAGGAGGAUGAAGAGGGCGACAGCAAGAAGAAGGACAAGUUCAAGGGUGGCUUGGUGUUUGAUCCCGAAAAGGGUCUGUACGACAAGUUCGUCCUUGUCAUGGACUUCAACUCUCUAUACCCGUCCAUCAUUCAAGAGUUCAACAUUUGCUUCACCACUGUCGAUCGAACCGCAAAACUUGAGGAUGAGGAAGAAGUACCCGAGGUUCCCGUGGACCAAGAGCAAGGUAUCCUACCCAAGCUUAUUGCCACGCUCGUCAGCAGAAGAAAGCAAGUCAAGAGCCUCAUGAAGGAUAAGACUGCGACGCCCGAGCAGCUCGCUACUUGGGACAUCAAGCAGCUUGCCCUGAAGCUCACAGCCAAUUCCAUGUACGGCUGUUUGGGUUACACCAAGUCUCGAUUUUACGCCCGUCCCCUCGCCGUCUUGACAACGUACAAAGGUCGUGAGAUCCUCCGAAGCACUAAGGAACUGGCCGAGAGCAGAGCUCUCCAAGUCAUUUACGGCGACACGGAUUCCGUCAUGAUCAAUGCCAACGUCGAGAAUGUGGCGGAUGCUUUUAAAGUCGGCGCCGAGUUCAAAAAGGCUGUCAACGAGCGGUACAGGCUGCUUGAGAUUGACAUUGAUAAUGUCUUCCGACGCAUUCUGUUGCAAGCAAAGAAGAAGUAUGCUGCCAUCAACCUUGUCGAGAACAAUGGCAAGUACAUUGAGAAGAUGGAAGUGAAGGGUCUCGACAUGAAACGUCGCGAGUACUGUGGGCUAUCAAAGGAGAUUUCUGGGAAACUUCUUGACGAGAUCCUCUCUGGGGAGGACACAGAGCUUGGAAAGGGCCCGAAGGAGUACCGCAAUGGCGACACGAUGCCUCAGGUCCAGGUCGCGCUUCGUGACAUCGCUCGCGGCAAGAACGUUCGCAAGGGCGACGUUAUCAGCUACAUCAUCACAGGCGACGGGCAGAGCUCUGAGCCCGCGCCCAAGCGAGCGUACACGCCUUCUGAUGUACUCAAGCCCGAGUCGGGACUUGCACCAGAUGUCGAGUGGUACAUUGCGAAGCAAAUCUUCCCCCCCGUGGAGCGUCUCUGCGCCAACAUUGUCGGCACCUCGACGAUGCAACUGGCGGAGUGUCUGGGGCUGGACAUCAAGCGAUACGACACAUCGAGGAGACGUGACGACGGCGUAGAGAAGGAUAUGGAGGUUCAUCCUCUCGAGUCCCAGAUUCCAGACGAUGUUCGCUUUGCCGACUGCACCCGCCUCAGCCUUCGCUGCCGCACAUGCAAAAAGUCGUCUGUUUUCGAAGGCCUCUACAGCCAGCCAACACGAGUCUCUCCCGCUGGCGUCCUCUGCGACCACUGUGGCGCAACGAUCAGCCCCCUUUCGGUCGUCGCACAGGUAGAGCAUGCGAUCCGAGUCCAGACAGCCCGCUAUUACGAAGGCUGGCUUAUAUGCGACGACUCAUCGUGCGGCAUACGUACGCGCCAGAUGAACGUCUACGGCACGCGCUGUCUGGGUCCCAAGGGCCUCGCGCGAGACUGCCUAGGCCGUAUGCGUUAUGAGUACUCUGAGAAGGCAAUCUACAACCAGCUCGUUUACUUCACCAGUCUCUGGGAUGUCGACAAGGCACGCGACAAGGCCGUUGCGGCCGCCGCGCCAAGCUCAGAGGAGGCUCUAUCGCAGGCGGACCGGGAAAAUAUCUUGGCUCUAGCGGAGCACAACCGGGUGCGCUUCGGCACCGUCAAGGGUGUCGUUGAGAAAUAUCUCGACAAGUGCGGCAGACAAUGGGUGGCGAUGGACACAUUAUUCGCCAAGCUGGGGUUCAGCAAGGCUCUGGCGCCAGCUGCGUGAGAUAUCCACGUCAGCGGCUGAGGGGUGGAUUCCAGGUCACGAACGGGUAUGAUAAUUGACUGGUAAUGGCGCGGGUUCAGCUUUGGCUACUGUAU